AUCAAGUGGUCUUGAAUGAGCUGUCUAUUGAUGAAGAAGCCGAAGAUAGUUUAGCUGCUAGAUUAGCUAGAAUAGACAGUUACGAUUUGDAUAAUGAAUACGUAAAUAAUAACAUGAAAAUUGAAAGGAAACUUGAAUUCGAUAAUUCUUUUCAAGAUUCAGAAAAUAAUUUACAAUUUAAUAAUAAGCAAUUACUUUCAUCUACUGUAACUAACGAAGAAGAUAAUAUUCUUCUAAAUCAUAAAACAUGCAAACAAUUUAACAAAAAUGCUUCUUCACCUAAGAAUCAAAACAUAUUAAAUAUGUCAUUAGAGGAAUCUCCAAAAAAUAAAACUAAUAGGAGAACUCUUAGAAACAGAACCAUUGUAACGGAAAACUCUACAAACAGAAUGUCUACAAGAAGUAGAAAAAGUAAUAWUAAAGAUUUAAUUGAUGAAAAGGAUGAAAAUAAUCAAAAGGAAAAGAAGAGUCCUCUAAAAUCAAAAAAAAAAUCACGAAAGAAGUCAAUUAAUGUUGAAGAAAAGGAAGUUAAUGUAAAAAAAGGAAUCUAUGUCACACCAGUAAAUGCAAAAAAAGAGCUAAGAAGAUCCUCUCGAAAAAGUGUGAAGUUUAAUGCUGAAGAUUGCGAAGCCUGUGAAGAAAGUAAAUUCACUCUUCCAAUGACACCGUAUAUUAGAUGUAGCAAAGUUAGAUUGAGCUUCUUACAAGAUAAUAAUACACCUAUAAAACCUCCUUCACCCAAUAGAGAUUUGAUUUCAUGGGAUACUCCAAAAAAUAAGUAAUAAGUUAAAUUAUUGAUUAUUAAAUACAUAUACUUAAUAAUUGUGUAAUAAUUUCCGCUCCGGUUAGAGUAGUAAAAAGAUCCACGAGAAAUUUCACUAAACAUGUACUUUAAUAAUCAGUAUUGUAUAACUUUUGUACAUAUACUCUUUUAC